ACAGCAAAUGCAGUUGUUACAAGCAGCACCAACACCAGCGCAUCCUCAUUUGCAUAUGACGCCACAAACGUAUACAACGGCUACGUAUCCAGCAACAGCUGCUGCUGCAGCAGCCGCUGCCACUAUGCUGCAUCAACAGCAGCAGCAACAACAACAGCAGCAGCAUCAAUUCCAGAUGCAACAAUUCUAUGCUGCUCAACAACAACAACAGCAGCAACAGGCUGCUGUGGCCCAACAACAACAGCAGCAGCAGCAGCAACAACAACAGCAGCAACAAUUACAAAUGCUGCAAACUUAUAUGCAAAUGACAAUGAAUAAUGCCACCUCGCCCACUACGCCCACCAAAUACAAUUCCAAUCUAUUGGGUCAGGCUACACAGCAGCAACAACCUGCUACAGCGGCCUUCUUCUCUACGGCCGCUGCUACACCCUUGACGAUCAUACCCACCUGUAAUGGCUCGGCAGCUGUGGCAGCCGCUAUGUUUGCAGCAAAUAUGGCUGGUACGACUUCAUCAUCGUCGUCAACAACUACUCCAUCCAAUAAUGUGAGUCCUCACGAAUAUUAUCACAUAAAAAUGCCGCAAAAAUUUCGUGGUAGCGACGAACUUUUAAGUCAAGCAGCAGUUAUGGCGCCCGCUUCGGACAAUAAUAAUCAGGAUUUAGCCACAAAGAAAGCCAAAUUGGACUCAAGCACCGUACUGGGUGGAGUUGGUAAACCCUCAAAAGUUAUACAUUUGCGUAACAUUCCAAAUGAAUCGAGUGAUGCUGAUGUCAUUGCCUUGGGUGUACCUUUUGGCCGUGUCACAAAUGUUCUUAUAUUAAAGGGCAAAAAUCAAGCAUUUUUAGAAAUGGCCGAUGAAGUUUCCGCCACAGCUAUGGUCUCAUGUUAUAACAUUAAUCCGCCACAGAUGCGCGGUCGCAUGGUUUAUGUACAAUUUUCAAAUCAUCGUGAAUUAAAAACGGAUCAAAAUCAUGGCAACGCCAUUGUACCCGCUGAUUAUCGCAUACAAUCACCAGCAUCGGGCUCUCCAUUGCCCCUAACCAAUACCACAAAUACAGAUCUCACAGUGGCCGUUUUAACAAAUAAUACAAAUGCUGUUAAUUCUGUAUCCGGUAAUGCCAAUACCGCCGGUGGUCCCAAUACAGUUUUACGUGUUAUAGUCGAAUCUCAAUUGUAUCCCGUUUCCUUGGAUAUCUUACAUCAAAUAUUCCAACGUUUCGGCAAAGUUUUAAAAAUUGUUACAUUUACAAAAAAUAAUACAUUCCAGGCGCUCAUACAAUAUCCCGAUGCCCAUUCGGCUCAACAUGCUAAAACUAUUUUGGAUGGUCAAAAUAUUUAUAAUGGCUGUUGUACGCUACGUAUUGAUAACAGCAAAAUGACUACGCUCAAUGUUAAAUACAAUAAUGAUAAGUCACGCGAUUUUACAAAUCCCUCAUUGCCACCUGGUGAACCGGGUGCCGAUAUUAUGCCCACCGCUGGCGGUUUAGUAAAUGCCAAUGAUUUACUAUUGAUAGCGGCCCGUCAAAGGCCCUCAUUAACAGGUGAUAAAAUAGUAAAUGGUUUAGGAGCACCCGGUGUGUUGCCACCAUUUGCUUUGGGCAUAGGUACUCCCUUGGCUGGAGGCUAUAGCAGUGGUAUACCCAAUUUGGGUGCAUUUGCUCUUGCCAAUAGUGGUGCUUUACAAACAGCCACCCCUGCUUUGCGUGGUUUCUCAAAUGUCUUGCUUGUUUCGAAUUUAAAUGAAGAGAUGGUCACGCCUGAUGCUCUAUUUACCCUCUUUGGUGUUUAUGGCGAUGUGCAACGUGUAAAGAUUUUAUAUAAUAAAAAGGAUUCAGCUCUUAUACAAAUGGCCGAACCACAGCAAGCUUAUUUGGCUAUGAAUCAUCUUGACAAAUUACGCUUGUGGGGCAAGGCGAUACGUGUUAUGGCCAGCAAACACCAGGCUGUACAACUGCCAAAAGAAGGACAACCCGAUGCCGGCCUUACACGUGACUACUCUCAGAAUCCAUUGCAUCGAUUCAAGAAACCAGGCAGCAAAAACUAUCAAAACAUCUAUCCGCCAUCGGCGACAUUGCAUUUAAGUAACAUUCCAUCAUCUUGCACUGAGGAAGAUAUAAAAGAAGCCUUUACCACUAAUAAUUUCGAAGUAAAAGCUUUCAAAUUUUUCCCUAAGGAUCGUAAAAUGGCCUUGUUGCAACUGUCCUCUGUUGAAGAAGCCGUUUUGGCUUUAAUUAAAAUGCACAAUCAUCAAUUGUCAGAAUCAAAUCAUUUACGUGUUAGUUUUUCGAAAUCAAAUAUCUGAACCAAUAAUUAUUAUCAUCAAUUUCACCACAACCACCACCACCAACAGCAACAACAACAAUACCACUACAACAACCACCAACAACAACCACACUAUUAUUUAUAUACAACUAAAAAUCUAUUAUUACCCGCAUGAAUCUUUCAAAAAGAGAUUUAAGAUUUAUAAAUAAUAAUUAAAAAUAAAAUUAAUAUAAAAAAAUUAAUAAUUAAAGGCAGCAUAUUUUAUAGUAUAUAAUACUAAAAAACAACAACAACAGUAAACCAACAACAACUACAUACAUACUACAACAACAAAAAGAAAUUAACAAUAAGUUAAGUUAAAACUACAGAGAGAGGAAAUCAAGAAGAGAAGCCAAGUCAAGAAAAAAUCAUAAAAAAUAAGUAAAAGAACAAUUUCUAAAAUUGAUCAAAAAACCCGGCGUUAAGAAAAUUUUUAGUAAUUUUAAGUUUAAAAAAAUAUAUAAAAACAGAAAAUUGUAAAAAUUCAAACAACACAACACAAUAGUUAUUUAAACAACAAACAAAAAGAAAACUAUAGCAUACAAUUUACAUUAAUAAUAAAUUUAAUUAAAAAUUUAACAAGAAAAAACAACUCUUCUUACGCCCCCCCAAGACUCCUCACCCUCAGCAACAACAACAAAAAAUCGUUCCCCCAUUUUUUGAUUAAAACAUAAGUAGGAAUUUUAACAAAACAAGAAGUAUUAGCAAGUAAUGAAAUUAAAAUUUAUUAAAAAAUUUUUCAGUGUAACUUUGUUUUGUUUAAUUUCUUUUUUUUUAUUAAAUUUUAUUCUUACUUUUAUAUUUUAUUUUCACCUAUUUUUUCUUAUAAACUUUUUUAAUCUUUUUUUUAUGCUCAUUUAUUUAACUUUUAAUUAUAUUUUAUAUAAAAAAAAAACUUUUAUUUAAAAGAAAACACACACAACACGUAAAAAAAAUAUAUAAAAAAAUGAAUGUGAACUCUUUCUACUUUUUAAACAAAACUAAAAAUAUCUAUGUAAUAUUAAUCUCUAUCUACUUUUUUUAAAACUAAAAUUU